AAACGGGAGAGGAGGAAGCAGCAAAAGUUACACAGUAGCGAGGAAAAUGAAGGUGUUUGUUUUCUUUGUUGCCAUAGCUGUAGCAGCAUGGCAAUGCCAAGGUGACGACCAUGGCGUAAACUUCCAAGUUUUCCCACUCCGAAUGAAAUCCGGGCUCGGUGGCCACUACAUUCCGGAGAUCUCAUGCGAAAGUUGGAGGCUUGGUGUGGAAACACAUAACAUCAUCGAAUUCUCGGGUGUUCCUAAAGACUGCAUAGGAUACAUAGGGAACUACCUCGUAGGUGACCAAUAUAGAUCAGACUCCAAAACCGUGUGUCGGGAAGCUUAUUUGUACGUCAAAACCUUAAACAUCAGUAACAAAGACGCAUGGGUGUUUGAUAUAGACGAGACCGCGCUCUGUAAUCUCCCAUAUUAUGCCGAUCAAGGAUUUGGAGCGGAACCAUAUAACUCUACGGCGUUUGAUGAGUGGGUGUUUCGUGGGGUGGCGCCGCCGCUGCCUGAGAGUCUGAAACUGUACAAGAAAUUGGUGUCUCUUGGCAUAAAGAUUGUGUUCAUAACAGGAAGACCACUGUCUCAGCUGGACGUAACAGCUUCAAACUUGAAGAAAGCUGGAUAUUUAAAAUGGGAUAAGUUAAUUACCAAGGAUCCAUCUUACCAUGGUAAGACAGCAGUUAUAUACAAAUCAAACGAAAGGAGGAAGCUAGAGGAACAGGGAUACAACAUCAUUGGAAACAUAGGAGACCAAUGGAGUGAUAUUUUGGGAACCAAUGUUGGGGGUAGGACAUUUAAGCUUCCUGAUCCCAUGUACUAUGUUAGUUGAUACUGUAACUAUAGCUUGCUCCUACAAAGGAAAUAAGAUAUGUUACAAUAAUGGAGCCACUUGGUUAACCUUU